AUGGACAACCGGCCCGCUUCCGAGUACGCACAGCCAGGUUCGCACCACUCAACCACCGUUGCCGACGCACCUUCUGAACAAAAACCUGCAGACCAAACUGCUGCUGCCAGUGCUCACUACACCCCCCAACCCGAGGUCCGCCCUGCACCACAGUACACGCCACAACCUGAGGUUCGACCCGCCAAUAUUUCUUCUACCAACACCCCUCAGUCGGAAUACGGUCUGAACCCUCCGCCGACCGCCCGUUCGCCUGCUUAUCAGGAAUACCUCCACCGCCCUCCUCAAUCCUACGCUCCCUCUUCUCAACCCGGCGGUGCGGCAGGUAUGGCCCAAGCAACAAGUCCGUUUAUCAACACCCUGCCUACGGGCCAGCGCAGUCCGAACGUAAAGUCUGACGCGCCCGUUCCUAUAGAUCCUUCGCUCCCGGCCAACAGCCCCACCUACCCUCCUCCCUACUCUCCUUACCAGCCUCAGGGGCACGAGAUGGCGCAGUACCAGGGUCAUCCCCCGCCACCUCAACAUUUGUAUGCGCGCCCGGAUUGGCCUCAUAGCUAUGGACAACAGCAUCAUGGUCUGCCCGGUCCUUAUGCCUCCCCAGCUACAACGGUCUACUCAUUCGUCCCAAUUCCUGGUGCACAGCAACACAAGCGUCCCCGUCGUCGCUACGAGGAAAUUGAGCGCAUGUACAAGUGUGGAUGGAACGGUUGUGAGAAGGCGUAUGGUACUCUGAACCACUUGAAUGCACACGUGACUAUGCAGUCGCACGGCGCGAAGCGUACUCCUGAGGAAUUCAAGGAAAUCCGCAAGGAAUGGAAGGCACGCAAGAAGGAGGAAGAGGCCCAGCGCAAGGCUGUCGAGGAGCGUGAGCGUGCUGCCGCUCAGGCUGCUCAGGCCAACCAGGUCGAAGCCCCCAACACCUCCGACGCCGCCCACGGACAGCCACCUGCCUAUGCCAGCGGUGUCCGCCCCCAACUCCCCCCUAUCGGAUACCAGCCCGCAGAUAGCCAAGUCCCCGGCCAGUACGGCGGACCCCCCAGUGGUGGCAUGGUCUACCAGAACAACACACAGAUGGCCUAUCCUCCCAACUAUCCUCACUCUCCAUACCAGAGCGGACCGGUGUACCCGCAACGUGAGUAA